UAGAAUAUCUGAGACACGGGCUGUUUCUCAGCAGCAAGUGCCAGUUACCCAGCAGCAGUUGCCACGGCUGGACACGUUCUAUGACCACCAGGAUUCAACAGGAGUACCCCGUCAAAGUCGUUCUCGUCUUUGCGGCACUGCUCAUGGUCCCGGUGGUCCUCAAUUGCCCCAACCGAAAGGGACUUCAGUCCUUAUAAUUAAUACUGUCUUUUUCCCUCUCUUUCUUCACCACAUGAGGACAAAAACAAUUGACCAAAAAAAAGGAGGAAAUUUACACGUUUUUUUUUGGCGGGCUUGAGAAAAAUGUCUCACGCGACGCGUCGGUUGUUACUUUCAAUGCAAGUGUGAAUGCAAGAUACAAAAGUCUUCAGUGUGCAUUGAUUAAACACUAACAGUCUGAAAGGAUUACAUCCUGGUGCGUUACGAGAAACGAUCUCCCUGGGAUUUACACGAUGAUCCUUCUACGCACCGCAAUCCUUCUGAUCUUCCUUCAUCGUCUUCACACUAUUUCGGGCGAUAUUACUACCGUCAAGGAAGACUGCGAAAAGAAAAUGCAGGAGUGUACGAACAGCAGUAUAGGAACAAAUGUAGCUGUUUGCGGAAGCGAUGGAAUAUCGUAUCCUAAUCGAUGUGAAGUCAUUUCUAGACAAUGCCAAGGGGCAUCUGUUUUUAUAAAACACACUGGCUCCUGUCCAGAAUGUCAUGCAGCCAGAGCAGAAGCUAGAAGCCCAGGUGCACGUCCGAUUUGUCGAAACGAUGGCUCUUAUGCACCUGUGCAAUGUCACACUAAAACAGGUUACUGUUGGUGUGUUACACCCCAAGGUCGACCGUUACGCGACACUUCAGUCAAAAAUCGUAAACCACGAUGUCCAACGUUUACCAACAAUUAUAUAGCUUCCACCAGAAGUGUGCAAAGCAGACGUCCUCCAACGAGGAAAAAUCGCAAACAAUAUGGUGGUAGGCAUCGUAAUUCCUGCGACCGAAGUGAGAAGUCAAAGUUCAACAGUAAUCUUAUCGAAAACUUCAAAAUUGAAUAUCGUCGAAUCAACAUUACUAUAGAAGGAGACAAAAAUAUUGAGAGAGUUCUGUCUUGGAAGUUUGUAACUCUGGAUCAAAAUAACGAUGGUUUUUUGGACAAAGGAGAAUACAAAGAGUUGCGCAGACUUGCUAAGAAGGCAGUACGUCCAAAAAAAUGUGCACGCUCCUUUGCUCGGAAUUGCGAUAUCAACAGAGAUUCGAAAUUAUCCCGACAAGAAUGGGGAGCCUGUCUUGCCAAUGAUUUUACUCUAUUACGUGGCAAUCCUUCAACAUACUCUCGACCAGCUUUUAGAGACGACCCACCCGAUUCAUCUGAUGAUAUCGACGCCAAUGACUGUUUAUCUGAUAGAAAAUUAGUAUUAGAAGAUUCUAAAACAACUUCGGAAGAAAAAUUCUACAUUCCUCAAUGUACGCCUGACGGUAGGUAUCAUCGGGUACAAUGUUAUUCGGGAUACUGUUGGUGUGUCUAUCAAGACACUGGAAAACCCAUUCCUGGAACAUCAUCAAAAACUCGAGAGCCAAAUUGCACUCCAGUUUCUAUUCCCGUCAGACCUAUGAGUGGAUGUCCAGAACCAAAAAAAGAAAUAUUCCUUCGAGAUCUCAUGCAACUACUGCACAGAAAAAUGAAAUCUGCAGAUCCGGAUUCUAAUGAGACUUUCGCUAAAUGGCAAGUUCCUAAAGAAGAAAGAACUGCUACCUGGCAUUUCGUGAUGAUGGAUAUAAAUAAAAAUAAGGUGUUAGAAAGAAAAGAAUGGAAAAAUUUUCGUUCAAUGGUUGCGUACUAUCCUCAUUUAAGGCAAUGUGGAAAGAAAUUCCCAAAAUAUUGUGAUGUAAACAAUGAUAGACGAAUAAAUAUGGCUGAAUGGCUUAGUUGUCUAAACGCACAACAAUUUACUCCAGAAACGAGCACAGAGAAAACAUCCACAUCAAAACCUAAAAGAAUGGGACCAAAUCCUCUGGAUCAAUUUCUAAACGAUGAUGAUUAAAAUGUGAUAUUUAAACGUUUUAAAACAACUGUUGCAAAGGUGCACAAUUGAUAAACAUUUUGUAAUUAACAAGUAUUAACAAAUUAAGUGUUAUGCGAAAUUUAUUCGUUUUUUUGUGUCUUGAAAUUAUUAUUUAUUUAAUAGUGAAUUCGUUUAUUUACUGAUAAAGUGAUCCUGCAAGGAGAAAAAUUACUAUGUUUGCUCUUUUCUAUCCUGUUGGAGACAACAAUAUUCAAACGGCUAGAAAAUUUAGAAGGGAAAUAUGUUUUCUUCUUAAAUGAGCACAUGGCAUCCUUUUCAGUUAUUUUAUUUCCAUUAGUUUGUAAUAAUUUUUUUUUCAACUUAUUACUUUUUAAGAAACUAAUUAAUUAACUUAAGGAAACAAUAUUGUAGAUAAUGUCUUUUGUUGAAAAGGUGCACUUUCAUUUUUUUGGAAAAAUAAUUGUUUUAAGAUUUGUAAAAGAAACAAAAAAGAUAGGACCACGAACUGAUUGUGAUAAUGAAAUUAAGAAGAAGUAAUGAAAUUUUGAUGUUUAUGUAUAAAAAAUAAUUCCAACCAGUUAGUUGUUAAUCAAUUUAAUCCAACAAGGAAGGCUUUUUCAUACUCGUCAAAUUCUUUAACAAUUUUUCUGUUACUAAGGGUAAUUUUAUCCUCUUAGAAUAAAUAUUUUUUAAAAUUGUUUAAAAUGAUUAAGAAAAAAUAAAAGUUUAAUUGUUUUUAA